GGAAACCCGCGGGCCGUGGGCCUCCUGAAACAGCGGAAGGGGAAGCGGACAGAGGCUGGUGAGGAAGGUUGGCCCCUGGUUUCCCCAGGAGGGGCCGAAGAGCCUUUUUCUUACCUGCCGAGUCAGGUGAACCGCUUGACCGGGUCGCACCCUGCAUCUAGGAAAAGGACGCAGGAAGUAGUUACCUGUGCAUUUUCAAGACUGAACACUGGGCGCCUCGUCUACAAGACACCCCCCCCCCCCAGCUCCUCAGGAGGAGGGACAGCUGGAGAACUUCUGGGACAGCAAAAGAAAGGCCUGCCAAAGCUAGCUCGGAUCUGUUUGCUGUAGCCACGAGCCGAGCCACCGACAAGCAUGGCUUCCACCCUCUGGGGCAGCGGCCCGUGGUGGGGCCCGCCGCCCCCCGCCCCCGCCCGGCCGCUCACGGACAUGGACUUCUGCUCGGGCGCGCAGCUGCAGGAGCUCACCCAGUUGAUUGAGGAGCUGGGUGUGCAGGAGGCGUGGAGCGAAGGGCCCAAGCCCGGGGCCGACCUUCUCCGGGCCAAGGAUUUCGUUUUCUCUCUGCUCGGCCUCGUUCACCGUCAGGACCCUCGUUUCCCACCCCAGGCAGAGCUCCUGCUGCUCCGCGGCGGGAUUCGCGAAGGUUCUCUAGAUUUGGGGCAGGCCCCUUUAGGUCCCUACGCCCGCGGACCUCAUUACGAUGCUGGCUUCACGCUCCUCGUGCCCGUGUUUUCUCUGGAUGGCACCGGGCCCGAGCUGCUCCCGGAUCUGGAGUCCUGUCACGCCUGGCUCCGCCUUCCAGAGCUGAUGUGCGGAGCGUCGGUGCGGGAGGCCUGGCAGGAUUGCCUAGGAGCCCCUGUCCCGGGAGAAGGUGAUCUGACUCUCCAGACCCACAGUAAAGAGGGCCCCGCGGACCGGGAAAGCGCCGUGGACCAGUCUCGUGAUCACGCCCCCGAACCUGAGCCGCGCGCGUCUCUGGAAAAAUCACCCGAUGACCUUUCAGGGACCCGCUCGCCCUGCGACGACAUCGCCAAUCUUGAAGCUCCCGGACCACCGAAAACGCCGAGCAGUGACGCCCUGGAUGCCGACGGAAGCCCGGUCCCGGAGGCGUCGGGCGCGCCGGAGGCAUGGCCCACCUUAUGCCCGACCCAAGUGGCUUCGUGGUUCUUCGUUACGCUGGCUGAGGUUGCAGAGUCCCUGGUCCCGGUCCCGGGCGCCCCGCGGCUGGUCCACGCAGCUCGCCACGCGGGUGUCACCACGGUCCUCGUGGCCACUCCCGAGCCCCCACGCCACCUCCUGCUUUUCGAUCUGAUCCCGGUGGUGACCGUGGCAGGCUGGCCAGCCGCGGCCCGGAGCCACUCGUGGGCGGGUCCGCUGGCCUCCGAGUCGGCCUCCUUCUACCUAGUGCCCGGCGACCCCCCGGAGCGGCAGGGCACCUCUGGCUGGCAGCUGUGCUUCGCCCGCCAGGAGCUGGCGCUCAAGGCGCGCGUGCCCGCGCCGCUGCUCCAGGCGCACGCGGCGGCGCAGGCGCUGCUGCGGCCGCUGGUGGCGGGGACCCGGGCGGGGGCGCCCUACCUCCUGCGGACUCUGCUUUACUGGGCGUGCGAGCGGCUCCCCGCGCUCUACCUGGCGCGGCCGGAAAACGCGGGCGCUUGCUGCCUCGGGCUGCUGGAUGAGCUGAGCCGCGUGCUCGAGGCCGGGACGCUGCCCCACUACUUCCUGAGCGGCCGGAGGCUCCCUGCGGGCCACGGCGCCGCCGCCCUGCGCCGGGCGCUGGCCCAGCUCCGCGCGGACCCCGCGCAGGCCUUGCGGGCGGCGGUGGAGGAAGCCAAGGCGGCCCGCAAGGGGGGCGGGCUAGCGGGCGUGGGGCGCGGGACCCAUUAAAGAGGCUGCUCCCCGGG